AAAAUGAUAAAAACUUAAAUGUUAUUUUCAAAAUAUUGCCUAACUUUUCGGGCUGCCCAAAGCAGUGCUCGCUUUUAGGCUUCUAAUGGAAAUACAUACAUAUUUCUACAAAAUUGAUUUACUAUGCGUGGGUUAUAAUCAUAGCGAAAAGAGAUAGCUAUAGCUAUUGAUUGAUGAAUGCUUUUAGUUCAUUCGAUCGACGGAUAAUUGAUUGCAAUUGUUUAUGGCAAACAAAUCGCUUAAUGCUUCCGCCUUGGCCAAAUUUUUAGUAUUCAUCGUGAUUCGAUGAGGAACGCUCAGCAGAACCUUUCACCUCACAUCUCGCCUCCAAUCGGAUUCAAUUAGCCAAAACAAAUCUGUUGAUAUCGAAUUUGUUGCUUAGUUAAUUAUUCCCAUGACGCAACUUCAUAAUAAAAUAAUCAACAAGUGUGGGAUUUAAGCUGAUUGAGAUUUUUUGAUACUCUUUGUUCUUAAGAAGGAUAUUUUUUGUAUUUCUAUUAUAUUUUAUUACAUUUCUUGAUAUUUCAGCAGGCAGUCUUCAUGUUUUAUUACUUAAAUGGAAAACUCAACCAUUUAAGGAUAUAAAAGACUGCUAUAUUAACAAUUUUCCAAGCCUCAAGUGGAAAUAAAAACUAACAAAAUACAAAAAUUCAAAAGAAAAUAAUAUUAUUUUGGAUUUUUGUACAUUAACAGCUGUGCAGUAAAAGGGAUUUUUAUGGCCUUCAUUUAUAAAUAACAAGGGUCACAAAUUACAGUUUUUUAAGAUCCUAAUUUAAGGAGAUUAACUGGAAUUUUAAUCAUUUUAUAUUCCGAAGAACUUAGAUAACUUAAUUUAGUAAGUUUCCUUAUGAAAACCUUAAAAAAUCCUUUAAAAAUCACAGCCCUAACUUACUGUUUUUUAAAUUCCCAACUUAAACUAACUCACAGCUCUAAAGCAAGUAGGAAAUAACACAAUUUUUUAAAAUCAAUUUUAAUAACAUAUUUUUUUAAUAUUCCGAGUAGGGUCAACGAUUUCCCGAAGCUAACUAGCAAGUUCUGAGUUCACCCACGUCACGCAGUUUCUUGAAGAUGAAAAACCAGAAUUUGAUUUUAUUCUUUCUAUAAUUUUGGAUUUCUUUUGUUUUUGUUUUAUAGAUUUUGGAGUUGAUUUAAUUUAUGAACUCUACUCGGAAAGACAUUUAUAGCAAUUUAUCUGGAUUUGGUUUAUGGCUUUCGGCCAUUCCGAUUCACAUUCGCAUUCGGAUUCCAAUGAAAGAUUAAUUGGCAGCCGCGAAGCUGUCAAUUUUUAAAUUGUUGCGCCUAAAUUCGAUUUGAAAUUGGAAUUAGAAUUGGAUUUGGAUUUUGGGUAUCGAUGAUGCGACUAAAAGUGAUGGUGAUGAUGGUGAUGCUAUCCAAGGCACCCACUCAGAAAUGGAGAAGGGGAACUGGAUUUUGGCCAUCUAUCUAAUGAAAGUCAGUCAUCGUUAAUGGUCAAACGUGUUUUCUUCGAUAUGGGCAUAUGGCCUGACACCAACAGUGGCGAUGAUGAUCAUCUUUACAGCUGAUCUCCAGCAAGUUGUGGUUUUUUUUUUUCAACGACUUGACUGCCAUCACUGACGUCUUUCGAUUGACUGAGUGUCUGCGAUUGUGUUCUCAUGCGAUGGAGUCGCGCUGUCUGCGCUCUGAUCCUUUUGGGUUUCGCUGCUUUGGCUGCUGCCGAUGUCAAGCAUCUGACAGAUCGCAAUCUGGACCUCUUCAAGUACAAUCCCAGUGACAUUUACACCCUGCCCGAGGACAUUGAUGAUGAGAAGCCGGCGGUUCAUUUCAGCGGCGAUGUGAUGAAGGCCAAGACCGAGACUCUGCAGAACUACAACUCUGGCAAGAAAUUCAAGCUGGAACUGAAGACCCAGAACGGCAUCCAAGUUAGCAGCGUGGGCAAGCUGAAGGACGACAAGACCUUUGUGGUCAGCGGCUCUUACUCGUUCACUGGCGCCGAUGGCAAGCGGUACAAGACCCGUUACACCGCCGAUGAGUUCGGUUACCAUCCAAUCACCGAGCUGGAUCUCGAUAUUCCUGAGCCCCAGCCUUUGGCCUCUGCCGGACAGCGCCAGACCGUGGACCCCAGCAGCCUGUUGGGCAACAAGAACCGCUUCCAGUUCCUGCAGCAGACCCUUGACUCCGAUCAGGGACCUCUGCGCGGCAGCGGACAGAGUGGCGAUGAUUAUAGCUACACGUCUCCCUACAAUGGCAAUGGCUAUGAUUACCAGCCACCUCAGGUACAAUUGUCGACGCCAUCCCGUCUGUAUCUGCCAACGGCAUAAGGUGGAUGUAUAUGGUUUCCCCACCUACCUAUCCCUACACCUCCCCCGUUUCCCGAUCCCCGACUUAUCCCCAGCUGCAAAGUAUUUAGUUUAUUUUUUUUUGUUUAAGUGCAACUCCAACAGGCAAAUGAAGAGUUAACAAGAAAGAAAACAAAAAAGAAAAGAAAAGAAAAUGAAACAAAAGGCAAAUCACAGAGCUAGCGAAAUUUUUUUUUAUCAUUUUUUAGUGUUAUACACGGAGCACAAUUUUAUAUGAUAUUAUACCUAUAUACAAAACUCUGAUAUAUGUUAUAUAUCUACACCAAACACACCCACAAACACACACAAAGAAAACACACACACGCACACAAAUCCCGACAAAAGACACAAAACGAAUCUAUGUAUAUACACUGAGUGAUAUUAGUAGUAAAUAAAAUGGCUAAACUAACGAUCAA